AUGGAGCGAGUAGCCUUUCUCCCACAGCCAGUCAUUCGCUCGCUCAUCUCAGCGGCCCUCCACCUGCUGCACUUCCCCUUCUCCCCCUUGUUCCCUCUCCCCUCCCUCCCUUUGCCCCCGUUUCAGAGUGUCAUGGAGCGAGUAGCCUCUCUCCCGCAGCCAGUCAUUCGCUCGCUCAUCUCAGCGGCCCUCCACCUGCUGCACUUCCCCUUCUCCCCCUUGUUCCCUCUCCCCUCCCUCCCUUUGCCCCCGUUUCAGAGUGUCAUGGAGCGAGUAGCCUCUCUCCCACAGCCAGUCAUUCGCUCGCUCAUCUCCACCGCUCUCCACCUUCUCCUCUGCCCGCUGGACCACGCGCGGCGCAACACGGCGCUCUUCUUUGCCGCCUCCCUCGCCUUCCCGCGCCUCCUCCACGAAUUUGACGCCCAGAGGGGCCUCCCCGCCCUCAUUGCUCUGCUCAGAAACGCUGCUCAGUUGAGGUCCGGGGGCGGUGGGGGAGGGGCGCUGGGGGCGGGCGCGGGGGUAGGGGGAGUGGGGACGGGAAGAGGGGGAGGAGCGGGAGCGGGAGGGGGGCCGUUGGUGGAGGGAGGGGUUGGAGCAGGGGAGAUUGGAUUGGGCAGAGGGGUUAGGGGAGGGGGAGGAGGGGGAGCAGGCGGAGGGGUAGGAGGGUCGGAAGUGGAUGGUAGUGUUGGAGGGGGCUUGGGUUUGCCCCUUCCUCUGCACUUUGCUGGUGGGACUGCUGCUGCGGGAGGGACGGAACCAGCAGGGAGGCAGGUGGCUCACAACACGUGCAUUGCCCUCCGCCAGUACAUGCGCGUGCACCUCGUGCUGCAUCUAGAGUCCCUGCACCACGCUCCUGGCCCCUCUUCCGGUGCCUCCUCCUCUGGUGUAACUGCUGGUGCCUCUUCUGGUGGCCCCUCCGGUGCCCCUUCCUUCGCGCCGUCCUCCCGCCACCGCAGCCACCGUCCAGCUGCUACUGCUGCGGCUUCGCUCCCUCCCCCUCUGACUCCUGCCUCUGCUGCUGCGGCUGCUGGUGCUGGUGCUGCUGCGGCUGCUGGUGCUGGUGCUGCUGCGGCUGCUGGUGCUGCUGCUGGUGCUGGUGCUGCUGCUGCUGCUGGUGCUGCUGCCGCUUCUGCUGCUGCUUUCCUUGCACCUCCUGCCGCCUCAGACUCCCCUCACAAGCCGUCGCAUCACACGCGGAGUCUCACCAGAGCAGUGGAUUCGAGUGCACAGGCAGUGGAGGGGUUGAUGGAGGCGCUGAUGGUAUCGGACCGGCGCCUGGCACACGCGUUUGUGCGCUCGCGGUGGGGCGCUGCUGAGAGACUCGUGGAGGAGGGAGCUGUCGAUGUGCUACUGGAGCUCUGCCAGGAUUCAAGCGCACAGGCAGUGGAGGGGUUGAUGGAGGCGCUGAUGGUGUCGGACCGGCGCCUGGCACACGCGUUUGUGCGCUCGCGGUGGGGCGCUGCUGAGAGGCUCGUGGAGGAAGGCGCAGUUGAUGUGCUGCUGGAGCUCUGCCAGGUGGGUGCUAGCACCAGGUGCGUCGGACCAGGGUGCAGGGCUUUGUGUGUGUCUAGGGAGUCAUGGGUUUGUGCGCUCGCGGUGGGGCGCGGCCGAGAGACUCGUGAAGGAGGGCGCAGUGGAGGUUCUGCUAGAGCUCUGCCAGGUGGGUUGGUGCGCACGUCUGGGGUGGAGGAUUCCUCCGGGAGAGCGCAGCACGGGGGAGCUAGCAGACCAUGCACUAGGCGUGCUGCACGUGCUCACCCUCACCGCUACGUGUGCUCCCCUCUCUUUCCCCAAUCCUCCACAUUUUUCCUACAGAUUCCUCCGGGAGAGCGCAGCACGGGGGAGCUAGCAGACCAUGCACUAGGGGUACUCUACGUGCUCACCCUCGCUCCCUUCACGCACCGCCAUGUGCUCUCCGCGCGCGUGGCCUCCCACCGCUGUGGCAUGGCCGUGCUGCUCGACGCUGCCAGCGGUGCUCUGCUGGCAGAUCCCGAAGUCAUGCAGAUCGCCCUGCUGGUCAUCGUGAAUCUCGUCUGCCCGUUCCCGACUUAUUGCUCCGUGGCUCUGCAUGCUCGGUGGUUGCAUGAGUUUCAACAGUCGGCUCUUGAACUUAUCUCGCUCACCACGAGUGCAGGCAAGGCGACGACAGCAGCAGCCACGGAAGCCACAGCGCCAACACUCAAGAGGCUGGAGCGAGCUGCCAUUGCUGCUGCCACCCCCAUCAGCUAUCCCCCCAGUGAGCUCCUUCAACUGAUACACGCCCAUCUGGUGUCAGAAGGCCUACACCAGUCAGCCAGCCAGCUGCUAGCAGAAUCAAACAUCACGCCCCUCGUCGCCACCCCGGUUCCCUCCUCCUCUCCCGCUGCCCUCCCCUCCUCCUCUCCCGCUGCCCUCCCCUCCUCCUCUCCCGCUGCCCUCCCCUCCUCCUCUCUGGCUCCCACUGAGACCUCCCCUAACCGCCACCUCCCCCAUGCUCUGCCUCCCCCUCCUCCACCUGCCUCUGCUGCACCGGCUGCGACGUCAGCAUCGGCGCCAGCUGGCAGUUCGGGAUUGGCUGCUGAGGCAGCCGGGGGGCUGAGCUGGCCUAAGGGGAAAGGGGAGGGCAAGGGGGGAGAGACCGAGCAUGAGGAGCAGAGAGGGACAGAGGAUGCAGCAUUGAACAAAGAGGGGGUGAAGCUUAGCGGAAAAGGGACAAGGGAAUUGACUGGCGGGGGAUUGAGUGGUGGAGGCAGCAGCAGUAGUGGGGAGAGGGAAAGCACGCCUGGGAGGGAGCUGAUGGCACGGCGUUUAUCCGGGAGGAAGCGAGGGUACAAGGAAGCUUCUGCUUCUGCGUCUGCAGCAGCGCUUCUUGUCUCUCCUCCUGCCAAACGAGCCUCCACGCUUCUCCCUCCUCUCCCCUCUCCUAGUCCUCCUGCCCUGCCGCUGCAGGGUGCAGGAGCAGUGGGUGCAGGAGCAGUGGGUGCAGGAGCAGCGGUGGUCGCAGGGGCAGAGGUGGUUACAGGGGCAGGGGCAACGGCAGAUGCUGUUGCAGCUGACGCUGGUGUUGGUGCUGGUGGGGAUGGUUCUGAUGGUGGAUCUGCUCCUGCCGCUGCUGAAUCUGUUGAUACAUCCGGUAAGGCACCUGCAGGGCCUGCUGCAUCAGAGGAGCCUGUUCCAUGUUCAGGUGGAGUUUCAGGUGGAACCUCAGGUGGGGCCUCAGGUGGAACUUCAGGUGCUGCAGAGGACAGCUUGGGCCAGGUGCCAGCAGCUCAGGCAGCGCCAGUAGCAGCACCUAUGGUCCCACCCCCACCUGCACCCGCAGCAGUAGCACCUACCCCAGCACUACCAGCAGCACCUGCCCCAGUUCUACCUCCCCCCAGCGAGCUCAGCACUACCCUGGAUGGAAUCGUCACGUCUUACCUGAAGCAGCAGCACAGGCAGUGCCCCGCGCCCAUCACCACCCUCCCGCCCCUCUCCCUCCUCCACCCCCACACCUGCCCCGAGCCUCUCCGGUCCCUCGACGCCCCCUACAGCAUCACCCGCCGGCUUGCCGCUCGGCAACGCUGCCCACCCGCAGGCGGGUGGCAGGGGCGGCGGCUGGAUCGGCAGCUAGUGUUCAGCCGAUUCCGUCCCUGGCGAACCUGCCGGGAAGAUGCGGUGAUGAUCACUAGUGCGUGCUUUUUGCUGGGGGCGGGAGGGGAGGGUGGGGGCGGCGGCGUGUGGGGGUUCGGCGGGGGGGGAUUCGGGGGGGGAAGGCGACGCUUAGCAGUGGGGACGACUGUGGGGGAGAUUAAACUGUUUGACGCGGAGGGGGGUGUGGUGGUUGAUAGCUACGCUUGCCACCAGUCGUCGAUAGCUUCGGUGUUUUCGGCCCCGAGACCGGGAUAUGACGAUGACGAUGGGGGGAUUGUGAGACGAUGGCGAGGGAGGCAACGGCAGGAGGAGGAGGAGGUGCAAGAGGGGGCAUCAGCAGCAGGAGCAGGAGCAGGGUCAUCAGCAGCGUACAGUGCAGCGUCCUGUCUGCUACUCUCCUCCACCCGUACAGAAGUGAAGCUUUGGGAUGCAGCAGACCUCUCUCUUGGUCCCCUCCACACCUUCCCCUCCUGCCGCCUCGGCCGCUUCAGCCACUCGGCUCGCACCAUCGGUGCAGUGCGUGUGGGUGGUGGGGCUGCUGGUGGGGGUCUGGGAGGCGGGCGCGGUGGGAAUGGUGGCUUCGGCGGUCUGUUUGGUGGUUACGGCGGUUACGGUGGGUUCGGAGGAUUCGGAAUCGGCCUAGCUGGUGCCGCUGGUGUCGCUGGUGCUGCUGCAACCGCUGCUGGCGUUGGUGGUGCUGGCGCUGCAAUGAUGGGUGGAGGAGGAGGAGGAGGCGGGGCAGGGCUGAGUCGCACGUUGGGGUCCCAGGCAGUGCAUUUCUCGCCGUUGGACGAUCUGCUGCUGUGGAAGGGGUUCCUGUGGGACCCGCGGAUCAGUGAGCCCGUGCAUCGCUUUGACCAGUUCUCAGAUUACGGGGGAGGAGGCUUCCACCCCAAUGGCAAUGAGGUGAUCAUCAAUUCAGAGGUGUGGGAUCUCCGAACGCGGAAGCUUCUGCGCAGCGUCCCGUCCCUGGACCAGACGUCCAUAACAUUCAACGCCACGGGGGAAGUCAUUUACGCGACUCUCCGGCGCACCACCGAUGACCUACUAGCUGCCCUGCACGGGCGGCGCCGCAAGCACCCUCUCUUCUCGGCGUUCAAGACCAUCGACGCGACCUCUUACACUGACAUCGCAACCGUUAAUGUCGAGCGCUGCGUGCUCGAUCUCGCCGUUGAACCCACCAACGGGUAUGUCGCAGCGGUGGUUGUAGAUGAGCAUGGAGAGUCGGAUUCUGUUGCGAGACUGUUCGAGGUUGGGCGGCAGCGGGUAGUGGAGGAGUUGGGGGAAUACGACGGGGAGGAUGAGGGGGAGAUGGAGGAUGAGGGGGAUGAAGGGGAGGAGGAGGAUGAGGAGGAUCAGGAGGAGCUGGAUAGUAUAGAGGAGGAGCUUUUUGGAGGGUUUUCUGAGGAUUUGGAUGAGGAGGAGGAUGAGGAUGGGUUUGGGCAGCCGAGGGUGAGGGCUGUGAGGGGUGGCGGGCGUGGGGGGUUGAUGAAUGGGGAGGUGGAGGAGGGGGAGUAUCUGGGGAGUGAUUCGGAGGAUGACGAGGAGGCCGCACAGGGGCUAAUGGAUUUGCUCAUGGAGGGACCAUCAGAUGAGGAUCCGGAUAGUUUUAGUGAUGAGGAUGAUGAUGACGAUGAGGAUGAUUCAGAUGAAGACGAUGAUGACGUAGAUUUUGAGGACGAAGACUGGGACUCUGAGGAUUCAGCCCAAGACGAAUAG